ACUCGAAAUAUUCUUCAUUGUAUUCCAUUUCUUAAAUCUACUUUCAUAGAAAUAAAUUUGGCAACUUGUGAUGGAAUGGAUAAAAUGGAAUGGAAUGGGAAGAGUUGGAUUUGCCCAAGCGAUCGUGAACUGACACUCCGAGCAAAAUUGGGUGCUGGGUGGUCUGUUCAUUCGAAUGAUGUGUUCAGAAAAGGUACUGUCCUGCCCUCAACAGAAAGGCAGUCGAUCGAAGAUGUUCUUCACAGAGCUAAGCAUUUGGAAAUACUAGAAUCCGAAAGAAUACAGAAAAUGGUAUGCAGGUUGAACAACAUGACCCAGAACACUUUGGGUGACGGCAGAAAAACUUGUGCUAUGUGUGCAGCAUCUGUUGGACGGUUUCGAGCAAGUUUCAUUCGGUGUUAUGAUUGUACGAAAGCGGUGUGUGAAAAGUGCAGCAUCGAUACUCAUAGCAACUCAAGCGAGAUUUUUAUGCUGUGCAAAAUUUGUGCCGAAGAUAGAGAAGUGUGGAAAAAGUCAGGGAGUUGGUUUUAUGGUCAACUGCCCCCAUCAGAUUUGAAGCAGGAUCCAUGCUCUGUUUCAAGUUCUGGAUCGCCAAAUCAAAAUAUAGCCUUUGAAACAUGGGAACACAGAGCACCUGAUAUUGUGCGUUUUGAAAGUUUCGAACCUCCUGAAGAGAGAAAUAUACAUGAGGAUAAUUACUAUAAUGAAAGUUCCUUCUACAGAAAUUGGGCAACAAACUCGAAUCCAAACAUAAAAAUAUUGGAAGAAAAUGAAGAAAGUUCCGAGAGUUCAGAGUCUGUGUCGGACAAUGGCAGCAAAGCGGAAAGCAAUCAAUUUCUAGCAAUUGAAGGUCUGAAUACGAAACUAUCACUUUCGUGUCCUUCUCUGCAUUCCGCAGAAUCAAAUAAAAGAUCCAAACUGAGGAGCUUUGGACACAGAACGAAAGAACGAUUUCUUUCUCCAGCAAGAAAAGUUACUUCAAAGAUACAUAAAAAAAAUACAACUAUAACUAUAUAAAAUAUGUAAAGUUUAUGAAUGGUUCUAUGAAAAUUAUUAAA